CAAGGGGGUCCUUUUCAGUUUACUUGUACGAUUGUCUGAACGUCUGUGACUAGAAGACUAGCUGUUUUAAAGCAGAAUGGUAGGCGUUGAAUCUGGCUAGAAGAUAUCAGCUGCAUCAGCAAGAGCUCACACUCGAAGAAGCAAAGCUAAAUCCUCUUCCUGUUCACUCUCUCCAGCAAUGUUUGCAGCAAUAGCAGUGGCAUUGGCAGCAGGUCUUCUAAGUUGGGCUUACCAGACAAUAAAGCCUCCCCCUCCUAAGAUAUGUGGGUCUCCAGGCGGUCCUCGUAUCACUUCACCCAGGGUAAAACUCAGUGAUGGGAGGCACUUGGCCUACAGGGAAAUGGGAGUUCCUAAAGAAGAAGCUAAGCACAAAAUCAUUGUCAUCCAUGGCUUUGAUGACUCUAAAGAUCUGAGUUUACCCGUGUCACAGGAAACUAUAGAGGAGCUGAGCAUAUAUUUCCUUUUCUUCGAUAGAGCUGGUUACGGAGAGAGUGAUCCGUAUCCAUCACGCUCAGUAAAGAGUGAAGCAUAUGAUAUUCAAGAACUAGCAGACCAAUUACAGAUUGGGUCUAAAUUUUAUGUAAUUGGAAUGUCAAUGGGGGCCUAUCCUGUAUAUGGUUGUCUUAAAUAUAUACCACACAGGUUGUCUGGAGCUUCCUUGGUAGUUCCAUUUGUGCACUACUGGUGGCCUUCUCUCCCUGCUAAUAUUUCAAGAGAGGGUUUCCAAACGCUUUGCACAGCUGAUCAAAGGACAUUUCAAGUUGCCCAUCACACCCCCCGGCUAUUCUACUGGUGGAUGACUCAGAAAUGGUUCCCAUCAUUAUCAAUUAUGGCUGGAAACAUGAACCUUUUUAGCCCCCCAGAUAUGGAAAUCAUUAAGAAGCUGUCAGAAACUCCAAAAGUUGGUCAGGAAAAGGUUCGUCAACAAGGUGUCCAUGAAUCACUGCAUCGAGACAUACUAGCUGGUUAUGCCAAAUGGGAAUUCGAUAUCAUGGAUAUAAGUAAUCCUUUCCCUGAUAAUGAGGGUUCAGUUCAUCUCUGGCAAGGCUAUGAAGAUAGAAUCAUUCCAUUGCAAAUAAAUCGAUACAUUGCUGAGAAGCUUCCAUGGAUUCAUUAUCAUGAGGUUCCUGAUGCUGGACAUUUGAUGUUGUUCAAAACUGAGCUAUGUGAAGCAAUCUUAAGGGCACUUUUACUUGGUUAAGCCCUUUCUUAUCAUAAAGGCCACGUCUAUUGUGUACUGGUUUGAAAAACUCUCUGUUAUCAAUCUAUAUUUUAUAUAAUAAAACUAUGCAUUAAAAUUA